AUGGGCGCAGAGGUGACGUUGGCCCAGCCCGAGGUGGUGGCUCCAGAUCGGGUGAUGCCCGACACCGACCUGACCCUGAUGGGGGUGGGUGGGACCCCAUUCAAGGUGUCUGUGGAGGCAGCCCACAUCUGGAUCUCCAUCCCCUUCAGCACCAUGUACACCAUAGCCAUCUUGGGGAACUUCACCAUCCUGUUCAUUGUGAAGAGGGAGCCGAGCCUCCAUGUGCCUAUGUACUAUUUCCUCUGCAUGCUGGGCGUCAUGAUGGAGUCUGGGAUCCUUGUGGCCAUGGCUUUUGAUCGCUACGUGACCAUCUGCAAUCCCCUGAGACAUUCCACCAUCCUGACAAACCCCUUUGUGGCCAAGAUUGGCCUGGCCGUGGUGCUGCGCGGCGGAAUGGUCUCACUGCCCUAUCCCUUCCUGGUGAGGCAGUGGCCAUAUUGCACAACCAACAUCAUCCCCCAGCCGUUCUGCACACAUAAAGCCGUGGUCAAGCUGGCCUGCGCUGACACCCACGUCAAUAGUUACUAUGGCUUCUUUGUGCUUUUCUGUGUGUUUGCCUCUUACUUCCCAGGGCUCUUCAUCUCCCUCAUGUACUGGUCUGGCCCGAAUGUGCCUGGGCAUAUCCACGUUCUCAUUGCCAACUUGUACAUCUUUAUGCUCCCCACGCUAAACCCCAUAAUCUACGGGGUGAGGACCAAACAGAUCCAGGACAGGCUGCUCCGGCUCUUUACUCAUAAAGGGGCCUAA